AACAGAGCAAAAUGUUUCCCUGGUUUCGGUCUGGACGCCGGCCGGCUCCUCGGGAUUAUAUAAAUCGGAAGAGUCUAGACCAGAGAGUCAUCAGAACUCGACGAGACCUAGACAAGAUAGGAACUACCUUCCUGCAAAUCUUCAAGAUCUAUAGCGACGCCACACGGGACAACAUCAAUCUCGACCUUCAGUAACAGACAACCUACUGUCUUGAAUCAGCUUCCCCGACAUCGUCAUACGUAUAAAUCUUUGUAUUAUUAAGAUUUUCUCGAGAUACGGCAGCGAAGAUGAAGACGAUCGCCGUCCUUUUCAUCACCGCGAUGACUCUUCUCUUAAAGAUUCGAGGCCCACCCGCAAAGGCCAAAGAUGUCCGACGAGAGCGACGAGGAGCAGAUGAUGACAACGGCUACGUGUACGUACCUGCUUCCGCCAUGGAGGCUGAGAGUGAGGGCGCUUUCCAGUCUGACAUCAUGAUGACGGAUGAACAAUGGGCCAGUCUCUGGGCUAUGCUCGGUGAUAACGUCCAAGGCAAUGGUGGUGAUGCGGGUAGGAGGAGAAAGAACUGGGUGUAUUUUCCCAGCAUGCUUGAUCACUUGUACUUUAUUUUAUAAUAUGUCAUGUUAACAGGACUACAAGAAAGUGCAUGUGUACCCUAAAAAGUAAUAAAAAAUAUGUAUUUUUUGUUUUGGUAUGGUCUCACAGCCCUGGGCCCCAUUUCACAAAACUUGUCAUCAGUGACAAAUACAGUUUUUGUAAUAAUCUAGUGAAAUCCUUGCUUCUGAUUGCUUAUCAGCAGGUUUGUCAUUGAUUUUUGUCAUUUGUCAUUGAAAAAGACUUUGUGAAAUGAGUCCCAGGAGAGAAACGUUCCACAUGUCUGACAUUUAGUCUAAUAACACGCAACCACAGUGAACUAUCAACCGUGCCAAAGAUAUUUUGAAAACUAUUCUCGACAAUCUGGGAAAUCCUUUUAUUUAUGCAAUGCUGCUUCAAAAAUGAAAUAGAAUCUCUUUUUGUUUUCAAUCGGAGGACAGGGUCAUGAAUUUAUUCAUCUGUAUUGCAAUUAUGCUGUCUUUUACUAUAAAUAAUGUGAAUGAACAGGCAGUUUCCUCAUAGAUAUUAUGAAAAUACAUUGCAUAUUACUCCCAGUUCACAAUUUUGUAUUUAUUUUGUAUUUAUUAACAUUUUUUUUCCUUUAAACAUUACAAUAUGAAACACAAUGUAUAUAUAUAUAUUAUAUAUGUAACAAUGAUUUCAACAUAGAGUAUACAGUAAUAAUUCAGAUACGGAAGGAGGCGAAAACCCGAAAAUCACAAUUACCUGUGAUACAGCUGUAAAUGCCCCCCCCCC